UGGAGGGGUAGGUUCUGGACUGGAGGGUCUAAGCUGUGGAAGAAGAGGGAAAGAAAGAUUGAUUAUGAAUAAUAAUAGUGCUAGAGAACAUCUGUUAUAUGGCUCAUUGUAGUGUCUGCAAUAACGUUACCUCGAGUCAUGCCCCUUCAUUAACUAUAUAAUUUAGUAAGGAUUAUAAAUGUAAAUGAGUUACAGUGAUACAUUACUUCAUCACCGGCAACCGAACAGAGAGAGAGAAGGACAGCUCCGGGUCGGAUAGUAAACGGAGUCGAGCUCCCUCUUUCGGUGUGGUGUGUCCGCCUGGAGAUCAGACGGCGAAGUGGCUCGUCCGGCUGCCCAGUGUGAGGAAGAGGAGGCAGAGAGAGAGCAGCGGCCACCCUUUGUCUCCAUUGCGGGUUUUGGGGUACACGAAUAGCCUUGAACUGGGUACCGAAUUUCAGACAGGCGAAAAACAUGUUUCAGCUUCCAGUGAACAACCUUGGCAGUUUACGUAAAGCCAGGAAAAACGUGAAGAAAGUUCUGGGGGACAUUGGUUUGGAGUACUGCAAAGACCACAUCCAGGAUUUUAAGGAUUUUGUCCCCAAUGACUUCUAUGUGAAGAACACUACCUGGGAUGAUGUGUGUCUUUGGGAUCCAUCAUUAACUAAACUCCAGGACUACAGGUCAAAGCCGUUCUGCUGCUCUGGCUGCCCCUUCUCCUCCAAGUUCUUCUCGGCCUACAAGAGCCACUUCCGCAAUGUGCACAGCGAAGACUUUGAGAGCCGAAUACUGCUUAAUUGCCCCUACUGCACCUACAAUGGGAACAAAAAGACCCUGGAGACACACAUCAAGCUGUUCCAUAUGCCCAACAAUGUGGUUCGGCAAGGGAUGGGUGGCACGCAAGUGGGGUUGAAGGAUCCAACACGACUGGACAUCAGCCAAAAGCCCAGGCCAGCCGACAGCGUGGAGCAGGCAGUGUACUACUGCAAGAAGUGCACCUACCGUGACCCGCUGUACAACGUGGUGCGCAAGCACAUCUACAGGGAACACUUCCAGCAUGUGGCCGCUCCUUACAUGGCCAAGCCUGGCGAAAAGUCUAUCAAUGGUGCCGCUGCCGGGAACACCAGCUCCGCCCGCGAAGACGCCCUCCACUGUAAGCGCUGCCUCUUCGUUCCUCGCUCCUAUGAGGCACUGGUACAGCAUGUCAUUGAGGACCAUGAACGCAUUGGCUACCAGGUCACUGCCAUGAUUGGCCACACCAAUGUCGUGGUGCCCAGGUCCAAACCUAUCAUGCUACUCUCGCCAAAGACCCAGGACAAGGGAAUUCUGGGAGUGACACAGAAGGGUGCCCUGGUAACCACCGGUGUGCGACCCCUUUCCACCCAGCAACUGAGUCGGAUCGUCAUCCCCAAAGCUGGCCUAAACUCAACGGGGCUGCUGUCCGGGGUUCAUCUGAAGCAGGGGCCGUAUGCGCUAAAGAGUGGGGGCACAACGCAGACCUUCUCUAGCGGAGGCCAGCAGGUGCGCAUCACAUUGCCCGGCAAUGCGCAGGUUUCCGUCCCACAGCAGUCACACACUGUCAAGCAGCACCUGCCCGGUGGCAAUGUUCGCAGCCCAGGGGCUGUUGGGUUAGUGGAAGGUCGGAGCUUGCAGUCAGGGACCUCUUCCUCAUCAUCUUCCUCCACUCUCAAGCCCGGAUCACUGCCCUCACGAGUACAGGCUGCUGCUGCCACUGUGGCCUCGGUUGCAGCUAAGAAAGGGGGCACUUCCAUUCUUGGCACCUCCUACACACAGAAGUGGAAGAUCUGCACCAUCUGCAAUGAGCUCUUCCCUGAAAAUGUGUACAGUGCGCACUUUGAGAAAGAGCACAAAGCUGAAAAGGUACCUGCUGUAGCAAAUUAUAUCAUGAAGAUCCACAACUUUACCAGCAAGUGUCUGUACUGUAACCGUUACCUGCCCAGCGACACUCUCCUCAACCACAUGCUGAUCCACGGUCUGUCCUGCCCCCAUUGCCGUGCCACCUUCAACGACGUGGAGAAAAUGGUAGCCCACAUGCGAGUGGUCCAUCCAGUUGAGGUUGUUGGUCCACGCACAGACUCUCCUCUCACUUUCGACCUCACCCUCCAGCAGGGAAACCCCAAGAACAUCCAGCUGAUCGUCACCACCUACAACAUGCGGGAUGCUCCGGAGGAGUCUGUUGCCUUCCAUGCCCAGAUCAACUCUUCUGCUGCCCAGAGCAAAAAGACGCCCCCUAAGAUGCCAGACAGCCUUGAUGUGCCCGUGAAGAGUGCGCCACAGGCUGCCGUGCCAUACAAGAAGGAUGUGGGCAAGACGCUUUGCCCACUCUGCUUCUCCAUCCUGAAGGGGCCCAUCUCCGAUGCACUGGCGCACCACCUGAGGGAGAGGCACCAGGUGAUCCAGACAGUGCACCCUGUGGAGAAGAAGCUGACUUACAAGUGCAUCCACUGCCUUGGUGUCUAUACCAGCAACAUGACGGCCUCCACCAUCACACUGCACCUUGUGCACUGCCGUGGUGUAGGCAAGACACAGAACGGGCAGGAGAAGCCUAGUGCACCCACAAGGGUGUCCCACCCAACAGGUGUGGCAUCCCUCAAGCGUGAACUUGAGCACUCAGACCCAGCUUUCCUGAAGCGGCGGAAGGUGGACCAAGAGCACAGCCCCGCUUUUGUGGAGAAGCCAGAAGAGCCAGUUGUCUUGGCACUGGACCCCAAGGGUCAUGAGGAUGAGUCCUAUGAAGCACGCAAGGCCUUCCUGACAGAGUACUUCAACAGGCAACCUUAUCCGUCACGCCGUGAGGUGGAGAAGCUGGCUGCCAGCCUGUGGCUGUGGAAGUCAGACAUCUCCAGCCACUUCGCCAACCGGCGCAGGAAGUGUGUUCGCGACUGUGAGUCUAAAAAACCAGCUGUGCUGUUUGGCUUCAGCAUGCGGGAGGUCAACCAGCUCAAGCACGAAUUGAACUUUGACCCCGAGUGGUUUUUUGAGAGCAAAGAAGAGGAGGAAAGCCGAACGUCCAAAACAUACAUGGGUCGUUCAGCAGACUCCAUCAACCGCCGCCUGGAGGAGAGCGCUGCAGCUGCUGCAGCCUUACUCAAGCAGGGGAAACAAGGUGUGAAUGCCAACUGUAGCCAAGGGCCACAGCGGCCUAACAGUGCCAAGGCCGGGUCCACACCUGUUGUAGGCAGAAGCGACCAAAACAAGACAAUCGAAUGCACCUUAAAACAAAGAACUGAACAGCACUCAGAACCCAUUGCCCUGGACUCCGAGAGUGGGUCAGAGGAGGAGGGUGAGAAGGAGGAAGAGAAAGGAGGAAAACGGUCUAAUGAAAGAGACACUCCUGCUGAAGAGCUGAUGGAGAUAGGAGAAGGAAGCGGUGAAGAAGCAGCACAUAGAAUGGAAGCUGACACCACGGAGGAAGAGGAAGAUGAUGUGAAGGAGAGUUCCGUGAACAACGACAGGCUCAACCAGGCAAAGGGAGCCACCCCCCAGGUGAGUUCUCCAUGUGGCUCAGACUCGGAGGAAGGGCCCUGGGAAACGGAGGGGUCUCAUGGUGAGAAUGGAUAUGGGCCAGCCAAGCAGCAAGAGAGGCCAGGGAGAAAGGAGGAGGCAGUAUCGGUGCUAGGGAAGAGCCAUUCUUCAGCAUGGCAGGGCAGCAGCAGCCAGGGCAAUGGAGAGGGCAGGCAAGAAGCCCUACUGCUGGAUCAAGCAGCUGGAGGCAAGGAGCCAGGGACCGGCAUGCUGUCUGGAGGUGUGGGGUUGAGCAGCCAGCAGGCAUGAGGAAUACACACCGACAGAUACACAAAUACACUUACAUACACACAGACCAUGCCCAAGCCCCACUACACCAGAACUUAAGACUUGAAAUGGUCAUGGGUGGUAAAGGGGGAGGGGAUAGGAAAGGCUCCUCCUUCUUGGAGUUCACACUUAAGCCAUCCAACAGCAUAGCAAGUCCAUGUAAAAGGCAAACUUGACUGCUUUAUGUUAAUGUUCCACAGUGGCAGGAAUGAAACUGCUUGUUUUCUGGGCAGGAAAACGAAAUGUUGAGGAUGCACCAACCAAAUGGUACAAAAAAGUUAAGUUUUGCCUUGAGUUUACUUUCUUUAGGUAUUCCAAUAUUUACUUACUGAAAUGUUUAUUUUGCCACGUGAAUUGGGGCAAAAAUGACAUGUUACAAAUUAAUAGUUUUAAGGAUGAAAAAAAAUUUAAAUCCCUAAUUUUUUCAUAUAGUCAUACAGAAUAAAGGUAGUUAGUGUAUAUUUGUACAGUCUUUUAGAACUGUUUGAAGAGACUCAUCACAUUGCUAUUGUGCAUCCAUGAUAAAUUUGCUACUUUUUGUGCACAAGCUAGACUCAUAAGUGAAAAAAACAAUUGUCCACUUUCCCCUAUGGAUAAAACUUGCUUUAGUGGCUGGCACCUUUUUUUUCUUUCUUUUUUUUUCUUUUUUUACAAAACCAUAGUAUUUCACAAAAUAAUGUAUCUAUAUAUGAAAUGCAAAUUUAAAGGAACAUAAUCCCUUGCUUAUUUUGUUUGUUUUUUGCGGUAAAUGAUAACUUUGGUUCUGCGAUGAGAACUGUAUUCGUACCAACACCCCCUCAAUCUGUCACAAAGUUUUACCAAUUUCAUUAUUCCAUAAGUAUGUACUUUGUAGUCUAGACUGUGUUUAAAGCAGCCUCGACAGAGCUGUACCACUUUUGAAUAGUUUUACUUUUUAGAGAAUUGACACCUGCUACCACGGUGUUGUGAACAUUUCUCAUUAUUAAUAUAUGACUCACUGUAUGUAUGUUAAUUUGUUAUAUUUUCAUUUGUUUGUAUUUUUUCGUUUAAGCAUUUCUGAACAAUAAAGUGCUGUAUUGUGCUUCUCA